CUCAGUAGUCAGAGCAAACUAAUUGAUUUUAGUAUCCCGUAUAAAUGAAAUUUCGAAUAUCAUUCAAGUCUUUUUUUAAAAUAAUUUUUACAACUUUUACAUUGGAUUAUAAUACCGAAAUUGACGAUGUGUAAUUGGGAUUGCUUCGAUAAUUUAUGCUGCUCCCCGCGAGAGAAAAGCAUAUUUCUAGCCGCGUGGACUUUGGCCCAUGCAAUACAUUUGAUUGUAGGAUGCUGGCCUGUAAUUCGUAUAGAUGAUGGCCUUUACAUUGUGUUUGUUGUAUUCAUUGUAGUAAUGGCUCUUAGUCAUGUGGCAGGAACAAUACUUUUAUUUAUUGGCAUAUAUAAGGAAAAAGCUAUGAUAUUGAAAAUUGGGGUCAUCAUAAGCUCCAUAUAUCCAUAUUUUCAUUUCUUUACGAUUUAUCUGCCAGUUGUACAAAUUCUGUUCACCAUAGUUGUGAUAAGGUAUAGUAAAGAACUUGAUUAAUGAUGAUUAUGAUGAUGAAUG